AUGUUUUCUUUAAUUUAUGUCUAUUUUUCUACUCUCUUUCCUGCAUUCAAGCCAUCUGUCUUUCCUCUUUAUUUCUUUCUUUCACUUUAUCCAAUUCACUUUUUAGGCUUCUUUCUCUCAUUUUCACUCUCUUUGAGAAUUUCUUUCUUUCCUUCUCACUCCACUCCAAUCACUCACUUUGGUUUCUUGCUAUUUCACUUUUUUCCCUCUCUUUCUUUUUAUCAUUUUUUUCUCAUACUUUCUCCCACUGAGAAUUCCUUCCUUUCUUUCCAAUCACCACUUGCUAAUAAUUUUGGAUUCUCUCUGAUUUCACUCUUUUCCUCCUCUUUCUUUGUAUUACUUUUUCUUCAUACUUCCAUAUAUUUUUUCUUUUCUUCCCACUCUGCAAAAAUGAUUUUGAGAACUCAUUUUAUUCCUCCUCUCUCCCCUCCCUCUAAUUAUUUAGGUUUCUUUCUGAUUUCACUCUUUCCCCUCUCUUUUUUUUUAUUACUUUUACUCCUACUCACGCCUUUUAGAGAACUCAUUUUAUUCCUCCUCUCUCCCCCCUCUAAUUAUUUAGGUUUCUUUCUGAUUUCCUCUUUUUCCCCUCUCUUUCUUUUUAUUACUUUUUACUCCUACUCCCCGCCUUUAGAGAACUCAUUUUAUUCCUCCUCUCUCCCUCCCUCUAAUUAA